CGAGGAAGCUCGUGCACUAUAUAAAGCCCUGAGAGACAGACAGAGAGAGACAGAGAGAGAGAGAGAGAGAGAGAGAAUAAGGCUGGAGUUCCCACUGAACUGCAGCGGCUCCUGUAGUAUUAUUAUUAUUAUUAUUGUUGUUGUUGUUGCCUGUGGGUGAGGUAGUGUUGAUUGCAGUCCACCCCCCCUCGGGCUCGGUGCAGAGAUGUUGCCCGGUGUCGUUGCUCCUCCCGCUAUGUACCCCAGCCUGCUGUCUCUGCCGCGGACUUUGCACUCGGCCUUCACGGCUCCGUCCGGUUUCCGGGUGGAGGAUCUGCUGCGCACCUUCCCGCCUCCGCUUCCGCCGCCCGCGAGCCCCAGCUCACCCGAGAGCGCGCGCGCUUCUUCCGGUACCGACAGGAGCAGCUCACCGCCGCAGAGCGCCGCCAUCACCCCGAGCGCGCACACACACACCCACACACACACACACACCGAGCCCGGCUACCUGAAGUUCGGGGUGAACGCCAUCCUCGCACCAGAUACCACAAACGCAUCAUCUCCACCUGCACUACAUGGCAUGAGCCCCAAACACUUCCCUUUCCCUUACUUUGACGCGUCGUUCCAUCCGUUCAUCAGAGCUGCCUAUUUCCCUGCUUCAAACUCAGUGGUUCCUAUACCAGGAACCUUCUCAUGGCCACUUUCGGCAAGGGGAAAGCCCAGGAGAGGGAUGCUGAGACGGGCCGUGUUUUCAGACGUGCAGCGUAAAGCUUUGGAGAAAAUGUUUCAGAAGCAGAAGUACAUCAGCAAACCAGACAGGAAGAAGCUAGCUGCGAAACUCGGGCUGAAAGACUCUCAGGUAAAAAUAUGGUUCCAAAACCGAAGAAUGAAAUGGCGGAAUUCCAAAGAGAGGGAACUUUUGUCUUCCGGCGGCUGUCGAGAGCAAACUUUACCAACAAAGACAAACCCUAAUCCAGAUCUCAGCGACGUUGGGAUAAAGUACGAGAAUCUCGACAGAGACAGCCCGCAUAGUGCCUUCUACCAUCCUCAUAUAGGCAAAGCUCUCGAAAACGGUUCUGAUUCACUUCUCACAUCUCCAUCACACUCCAGCAAGAACUCCGACUCAUCAGACGAUGAAGAAAUCACCGUAUCAUAGCCAGAAAAAAACAGACUGCGAUUUGUGUCGAAUUAAUCCUCAGUUCCUACAUGGGGGCGAGACUGAAUCAAACUGAGAGACAUUUGGAAAAGUUUUAGCACCUAUGAGGAAACAGCUAAAUAAAGGUCAUGCAUCAAUACUAGGAUUGAAGAAUAUGUUUAAAAUGUUGAAGUGACACAACCAUGAGAGAUGUGUUUGCUGAUUUGGCAAGAUUCAUUUUUUAUUGUUGGCUUAAUUUGCAAUGCAGUCUAUCGAUUAGGAUUUGCGUUUGUCCCGUACUUUUCAGAUCUUGUCCAGGAUGUGAUUUGGUGGCAACUGGACGACUUAGAAAAAUUAGCUUACUUCAUAGUGAAUCAGACACAUAUCCAUGUCACCAAUGAGCAGCUAUUAAUUAGCUCUACCUUUACAUGAUACGGGAAUUAACGUGCUGGGAAAAAAAAAGAAAAUAAAAAUGAUGAAUGAAACAUUCAGGCUACUAAUUUAAUAGCCUUUACUGUGGCUGCGUUU